AUGGAGAACCACCUCUCUGUUCCCACAGAAUUCAACAUUUUGCCAUUUUCCAGUAAGGCUGACAGUCCAGCACUAACUUCCUUCCUGUUCACGGUGAUCUACUUGCUUGGCGUCCUCAUGAAUAUGAUGAUUGUGACCCUGAUCUAUCUGGAUAAGCAGCUGCACACCCCUCUGUAUCUGUUCCUCUGUAACUUGUCCUUUGUGGACAUGUGUUAUACAACGACCAUCAUCCCAAAACUUCUACAUAUGCUUUCAUCUGGAAAUUACAAAGUGUCCUUCAGAGAAUGCUUCACCCAGAUGUUCUUCUUCUUCUUGGCUGCAGUGGCAGAAGAUCUUCUGCUGUUCACAAUGGCCUAUGACCGUUACGUUGCAGUCUGUAAACCACUACAUUAUCACUCUAUACUAAGUAAAAAAGUGUGCUCUUUCUAUAUGGCCGCCAUAUGGUUUUCUGCAGGAUUAAACUCCUGUUUCGUUACAGUCCCGGCCAUGAAGAUGUCCUUCUGUAAUUCCACCACAAUUCACCAUUUUCAUUGUGAUGCGAAAGCUCUGACAAAGAUUUCAUGUGCUGGCAAAGAAAUGUUUUAUUUAGUGAUUUAUUUUGAGUCAUUUUUAUUAGCACUUUGCCCAUUUUUAUGCAGUUUAAUAUCCUAUUCAAAAAUAUUACAGGUUAUAUUUCACAUAAAAUCUCGGGAGGGGAAGAUAAAGGCCUUCUCCACCUGCUCGUCCCAUCUUACCGUCAUCAUGCUCUACUACAGCACAGCUGCAGCGGUGUAUUUAUUGCCGUCUUCUAGAUACUCCGAUACUCUGGAUCAGGUCUUCACUUUGUUAUAUGCUACUGUCACCCCAAUGUUAAACCCACUGAUUUAUAGUCUUAGAAAUAAAGAUGUGAAGACGGCUGUGAUGAGAUUAUUGCAGAUUAGGUAUAACACUUAG